UCCUUUUCCUAUGAAAACACGGACAUUGCAUAUAUCAUUUCAGUUACAUAGUGACAGUUGUGCAGUAAAGAACCUAUUACAACAUGAAUAUUUCAAAUUUAGUUUCGUGCUUUUGUAUUUUCAUGUUAUAUGGAUGGAAAAGUUCGGAAGCUUGUAAUGGGUAUUCUAUCAAACUAAACCAUGCUAAAAAUUGCAUGACAGGAGGAGUCAUUACUUUUGCGGGAGACAGCAAUGUCGUGCUGGAUAAAGAUUGCAAUUUGGCAAUGGCAGGUUGCGUGGAAAUAACAAAAGAUUUUGCAACACACAAGGUGAAAUAUACGAUCAAUAAAGCACCUAUGCCACCAAUAGAAGGUGAAGCAGAUGCUUGUGAAGUAGUAAAGAACAUAAAAGACGCAACAUUGUUGAGUGCUUUGAAAACAUUUUCAGUACCAUUAGAAUGUCCUAUAAAAGCUGAAAAAAUAUGCAGUACUCUCGAUAAUAAAGUUAAUAUCGGCAAGUACAAAAACCAACUAGGAAUGGCAGCUGGCACCAUUGACGUCAAAGUGGAGAGCACCCAUGACUCUGGAAAAUCUUGUUUGGAAAUGAACUUCACUUUAGCAAAAGAAAAGAGGGCAGGAUAACAUAAUUUUGCUUGAAUUAUAUGAAUUGUUUAAUUUUCUGAUGAUGUCAGAAUAAAUUUUUAUUAAUCUGGUA